AUGUCGGAUUUAUCUUCCCCCGCAUCGUCUUCCUUUUCUGAUUUAGACAAGGAAAAGACUCUGUCAGAUAGAUCUCACGGUGUUGGUAUUCCUCAGCCCCAAAUAAAUCAGCGCGAUAUUUUCGGCAGUGAUACUGAGAGUGAAAACUCUGAUGUCGAUUCCCAGCACCUAUCACCUCAGCAUCAGUCAACGCAUUUACCAGCGGAUGAAGUUUCAAAUGCUUCUUCCAACGACAUACCAGUUAAAAUAUCUGCACCUCCCACUAUAAGUGCACGCGAUAUUUUGGGAUCGGAUUCUGAUGAAGAUCAGAAUGAAAUGUCUAAGCGAAUUUCUAGAGCGCCGUCCACAGAUGUUUCUAGUGAUGAAUCUAUGCUUGGUUCUUCUAAACGCCCUGUUGAAGCCUAUGAGGAACAAAGGCCAACAAAUUCUGAUGAGGGAGAGGGCAGGGAUAAUAUUCGUAAUCAGACCGCUGAAGACGCAGAGACUGAAAAUGAUGAUUAUCGUAUUGCUGCUGAUUUUCCUCCCAUUCGCGCUGACCUUGGCAGAGAUAUGUACUUGUUGAAAAUGCCAAAUUUCCUGUCAGUUGAAACUCGGCCCUUUGAUCCAGUCUACUACGAGGGCGAAAUGGAUGAGGAUGAAGUGCUAGAUGAAGAGGGUCGUACUCGACUUAAACUCAAGGUUGAAAACACUAUACGUUGGCGCACAGUCAAGAAUGAUAAGGGGGAGACGGAGGUCGAAUCAAAUGCUCGCAUGGUCAAAUGGUCUGAUGGUUCCUUCUCACUUCACUUGGGAGAUGAAAUUUUUGAUGUGCAUAAGAUUGAUAUCACCUCAGAUUACAACCACCUCUUCAUUCGGGAGGACAGGGGUCUACAGUGUCAAGCGGUCUUUAAGAAUAAACUCACCUUCCGACCGCAUUCGACCGACUCUUUUACUCAUCGUAAGAUGACUCUCUCGCUAGCUGACAAGUCUAGCAAAACCCAAAAGGUGAAGAUCCUCACUCUCGUUGGUGCCAACCCGGAAGUUGAACGAGCAGAACAGAUUCGCAAGGAGGAGGAGAGUCUGAAAAGAGCCAUUCGUCAAGAAAGCAUACAGAGACGUCAACGCGAGCGUCAAAUGGCCGCCGCAUCGGCUCGUAACAGACGAAGUGCAUUCGAUAGUCCCAUGGACAGUGAUGAUGAUGCUGGUGUCUCGCUGAAUGCCAUCAAACGCAAUGCUAAGGCUGGUCUGCUUGCAUCCACGUCUCGCAAUAGGGUACCAUCACCAUACUCGGAUGAAGACUCGGGUAGUGAUCUAUCUGAUACUCGACGUCGCAAGAAGGCCAGAAUUAGCGACGAGGACGACUCGGAUUAA